UGAACGUACGUAUCUGAUGUUUUAAUGUAAAAAGAGAAUUUUUGACUUGGUUGUAUAAUUAAUAUCGCUGACCGAAUUUAAGAGCACUUCAGAAUCGGAUUUUUAGAGACAUUAAAAGGUUAUUGAACUCCUUACAUAACUGAAAUCUGUUGUAAUGUAAAUAUGAAUAUGAAUAGUCUAGGAUCUACAGAUAUAGCUUCUGAAGUUGUAGUUUCUGAUACCCGUGAAGUUGAAAUUGCGGAUAUCUUAGUUGGUAUGCCUGUUGAGACUGUAGUUUCAGGUGUUGAAGUUUCAGAAGAACAGCCAUUAAUUGCCUUGCAACCAUUACUGGAUGCCAGUAGUCAAGGGAUAAUUUUACAACCCCAGGAAGAAAUAGUUGGUGCUGAUUCCGAAUCGGAAGGUUUGUCAGCUUACGAACAGAUACCAGUCUCUACAAAUGACGUUAUCUUAGACACUAGUGCUGGGCCUGUAAAUAAGCGAGGAAGAAAAGGCAAAAAAUUAGCCAACAAAGGCAAGUUGACUGGAGAACAGUUAACAGAAAACAAACGUGCAGCACGAAAAUGGGAUCGAAAGCAAGUUCAGAUAAAAACUCUGGAAGGAGAGUUUUCCGUAACAGUAUGGGCAUCUGGUAGUGAUGAUGAUAAAAAAGGUAUGUCUGUUGACGAUUCUUUAACGCCAGAACCUGAUCCUGAUUACACAGAAUACAUGACAGGAAAGAAGACUUUGCCUGGCGGUAUACCUGGUGUUGAUUUGAGUGAUCCUAAACAACUUGCUGAAUUUGCUAAGAUGAAGCCUCGUAAACAGAAUGAUGAUGUUGCUAGAACUAUAGCUUGUCCUCAUAAAGGCUGUAAUAAAAUGUUUCGCGAUAAUUCUGCUAUGAGAAAACACUUACAUACACAUGGCCCCAGAGUUCAUGUGUGUGCUGAGUGUGGUAAAGCAUUUGUGGAAAGCUCUAAAUUGAAAAGGCACCAACUUGUCCAUACUGGGGAAAAGCCUUUUCAGUGUACAUUUGAGGGGUGUGGGAAACGUUUUUCUCUGGACUUCAAUUUGCGUACUCAUGUUCGUAUUCACACGGGAGAUCGACCAUAUGUUUGUCCUUUUGAUGAAUGUAAUAAGAAAUUUGCCCAGUCAACUAACUUAAAAUCUCAUAUCCUUACUCAUGCUAAAGCUAAAUUUGAAGUUUUUGGUUAGUUUAUUUCAUCUGCAGAAUUUUUUAACACAUGAUUUUUUUUUUUUUUUUUUAAGUCUUUAAAUUUGUUCAGAAAGUAAUUGAUUUUGAUCUGACAUGUUUUUCGAGAACUUUUAUUUAAGUUUUUACAAAAUGAAAAAUAGCAUUUUUUAUAGCUACUUUGAUUAUAAACGUAAAAACUUUCUGUGCAAACGUUUAAAGUAGGAAAGUAUUAAUGAUUAUUUUUUACUGAAAUGUACUCAUUUAGCUAAUUGUAGUAAUAUUACUAUGUGAGCUGUUAAAAAUGAAUAAUAAAUUGUAAUUACUUGGUGCUAUAAUGUGUGCAUUUUUUAUUUCAUGUCACAGAAACUGCGGUUCAGAAAUCUAUCGCUGUGGGUUUCAGAUUUUUGUUUUUGUAAAAAUUGCGUUAUCAUUUAAUUUGUUACAUGCUCAAAUUUUAUCCAACGACAACAGUAAAAUAUAUUACCAUGUAAUAAAUUAUGUUUCCUUAUUUAGAUUUUGAUCUGAGCUUUCUGAAAUGAGUAUAUUUUUGGAAUAUUUCCUUCCUAAUUUUUAUUUUCAAUGUUUAAAUAUUUUUUAUUUUAGAAAAAAUUGUAUUUUUUGCUUAAUUUGAAAAUUUGUAGUUAAAAAAUUCCAAAUGUGGAUUAAUUUAUUUUUAAUUUUUCUUCCUUUUCGUGCAAAAUAUAUAGAAGUUUUAAGUUGUAAUAUAUGUGAUACCUAAUGUGAUAUGGGUAUUAUUCUUUUUGGUAUUGACUGUAGAAAUUUUAAACUAUGUCUGAUUUGUUUGUGAUAUUGUUAUUUAAAGGAGAUAUCCCAUCUGUGUUAUGACUGAAUAUCAGAUGUAAGAAAUACUUUUGUAUUAAAACAUUAAUACUCUACUAUUUGUUAUCUGUUGAUCUCCUUCUAUACAUUUUCUGUUUCCAUAUUUCUCUGUGCUGUUUUAGCUUUUUUCCUGUUUGUAAUAUAUAAAACAAAUAAAAAGCCCAAGUUAUAGGCUUUUUAUUGUACAUAAUUUUUUGCAUAUUGCAAGUAAUCUAGUACACCUUGUGGCAGUAAUUUCAUUUUGCCAAAUGUUUUGUGUUUAUCAUUAAGUGUGAAUCUUUCUUCUGAAGUGUAGUGACUUUGAAUGACAAAAAGACUACAAGUGUAUAUGAUAGCUUGUAUGGAAAAAAAAAAAAAAAAAAAAGAUUAAUUGCUAGUGUGUGUACAUUGUGGCAAGACAAGUCAUUUUUUAUGCUGGCAUUAAAAUAAUUGUUUGUUUUUAAUUCAUUUUUGUAAGUUAAAAUGUCUAUGGGUUAAAUAAAAUUUCUAGAACUAAA